AAGAGAAGUACAGAUACCUAUCAUAAAAACUCAAGAAUAAUAUUAUAAAAAAACUAGCUUUUUAAAAGUGAUUUGUGUUUUAAAAAAAUAAAAAAUUAAUUUUUGUAUACAAAUAUGGAAUAUUAAAAAAAAAUAUUGAAAUCUAAAAGAUGCUUGAAUCACCAAACAGUUUACAAGAUCUGUGUAUCGAUGUAAUAUGUGAUAAUUUACAUGAUAUAUUUGAAGCAUGUUUAGUACAAGUUGACAUUGAUGUUCAUAAUUCAAUGAAUGAUGAAGAAAUGUUCUUACAUAAAACGACAACACAAAAUAUGUUCUUUGAUACACAACAAAUUCAUGAACCCACAAAUAUGUUACGGACCACAAAUAAAUUAAAAUAUAAAUUUAAAGAGAAGAAUCAAUUUUUAUGUGAAGUCUUAUCGCAAUCCUUGUUUGAUCGUAUGGUGUGUAAAGGUUUAUUAAAUGAUGAGACAAUUACGCUUUUUUCACCUAAUAAUACAAAAUUAUUUCAUAUAAAAUUAAAAGAUGUACUUAAAUUAACAACAAAAGGACUUAUCCAAAUAUCAAAUCAUAAAAUAGUUAAUUUAGAAUGUGUAAAUAUGUCGAUACCAGUCCCUGAUGUCAUACGAUGUUUAAGCGAAUGGUCAAUUCAAAAUUUAAAAUAUUUAAAUAUUUCUCAUAGUAUUUUUGAUAGUUAUAAUUAUAGUCCAAUAAUAUCUAUAUCACAAUUAAAAAAUUUACGUACACUAAAUGUAUCCGACACGGAAUUUAAUACACAUGCGUUGGAAAUUAUAUGUGAUGAUUUAAUACAUUUACAAUCGUUAAAUAUAUCAAAUACAAGAGUUGUUGAUAUAAAACCGUUAAUAAAAUUAAAAAAUCAAUUACAAUGUUUAUCAAUGUUUAAUUUAAUAACGGCAAGUUAUGAUUCAACAAUGAUACCUGUGAUAAUACAAUUAAAUAAUUUAACAUAUUUAGAUAUAUCCUGUGAACCUCCUGGAAUGAGUCCAUUUGAAAUAAUCAGUAGAGUGUGUGAUUUAGAUAAUUUAUUAAAAAAUGUUAACGCCUUACCAAAUUUAAUAUAUUUAGAUAUGUCUGGUAUGAAAAAUCCAAAUCAUAUUCAUUAUCAAAAAAAUUUAACUGUAGCAGGUAUGACUGAUGAAAAACAAAUUUUAACAUCGCUCAAAAUGUAUACUGAUCGCGCCAAUUAUGUUCAAAAAUCUUUAUAUUAUUUAUUUAGGUUAUCACCGACGUUAAACGAACCACGUGCUGAUAUUAUAAACCUUGUAUUACCUGCAAUGGCAAAUCAUCCAAAACAAUUUGGUGUGCAAAUGGCAGCAACUGCAUGCUUAUAUAAUUUAACCAAAGGUGAAUUUGCGUCGAAAAUCCAUCCAAAUUUAUUAAAAAAUGUUGUAAAUUUAACAAUUGAUGCUAUGCAUAAUUUUCCUAGCCAAAUACAGAUUCAAAAAAAUGCUUUAUUAACAUUAUGUAGUGAUCGAAUAUUACAAGAAGUAAAUUUUGAAAAAUUUCGUUGUGCAAAAUUGGUGAUAAUGGCUUUGUGUUCAACAGAUGAUCCAAGUAUGAAUCGAAUGGCUGUGGCUAUAAUUAGUAUAUUAGCUUCAAAAAUCACAACAGAAGAAACAAGUAUUAUAGGAUCAGUUCCAAUGUAUAUGAAAAAAUUAUUAUCAAUGAUCAAAGACAAAGUAAACGAACGUAAUUGUGACAUAACUAUGAAAUUUACAUUAAGCGCUUUGUGGAAUUUAACAGAUGAAUCAUCCAUUACGUGUUCAGUAUUUUUACAAGAAGGAGGAAUUAAUUUAUUUUUAGAUGUUUUAAUGACUUUUGCUGGUGAAAGUUCCAUCGAAACUAAAGUUUUAGGUCUUAUUAAUAAUAUUGCUGAAGUUCAAGAAUUGCGGCAUCAAUUAAUGAUACCAAAUUUAAUAAAUAAAUUACAAUGUUUAUUACAAUCAGAACAUAUUGAUGUCAGUUAUUUUGCUGCUGGAAUCAUCGCACAUUUAGCAAGUGAUGGGGAAGAAAAGUGGGGAGUUAAAGAAACACCGCGAUCUUUUAUGUUGGAUUCACUUGGGCAUGUUGUAUCGAAUUGGAAAACACCUGAUAUAGAAAUGGUUGCAUAUCGAACAUUUCGUCCAUUUUUUCCAUUGUUAAAAUCUGUGGAUAAUCAAAUACAAUUGUGGGCGGUGUGGGCAAUACAUCAUGUUUGCACUAAAAAUCCAAAAAGAUAUUGUCAAAUGUUAUUUGAAGAAGGUGGUAAUAUAUUACUGGAGACAAUAUUAGAGAAUACCGAUACGGAUUUACCAAUACGGCAACUAGCAACAAUAAUUUUAGAAACUGUACAAACUGAAAAAAUUAAUUUGUAAUAUUUAAA